UCCUUCUCUUUCUGUUGCCGUGUUCUAUCUAAAGCUGCGGCGGCAGUUGGUAGCGCUGUCCUUCCCUUGCCUUCGGACACGCUGCGCUGCUCAUCCUCCUGUGACUUGUUGGCUGGUUAUAGAGAAUCAUUUUUUCACAUCACUGUGAUUAUUUUGCAAUCGUUCUUUCAUCAUCAAAUUUUUGCACCGUCGUCGGUUCGUGAGUGAUAUAUUUGUGGAUUCUAUCGAAGAGAUUAUCGGGGCAAAAAAAUGCAAUCAUUCCAAUUACAGUGCAGUGGUGGUGAGAGAGUGAUGAAAUUUCUAAUUCCACUUUCGCAGUGCGGUAGAAAAUGGAUCCGAUAGGAAAAUCAUUCCGAGGAAAUUAAUUUUACAGAGCUUGAAAAAUUCAGGUGUGUUCUGAGUUGAAAAGGUUCGCCUCUGUGUGAGUGAGUGUGUGUGACUCGAACUGUGAGGUUCGAAUGUGUGUGUGCGCGAUUAUUGGUAGCCUAGCAAGAGUAUACAUCAGCGAAGAACGAUGGGUACAUACAAGGCAAGAGUAACCAUGGAUGGAAAAUAAACCCCACAAAGAAGCAACAACGGCAAAGAAUGUUUCGAGCUGCUGAAGUCAACUGCAAACGAUAGCUGGCCGCUGGCCGCACACCUUCUCGGGAAAACGCUUUCGACGCCCGUUCAUGGCUCUCUGCAUUGUGGAAAGUGCCCAACGAGUGUGUCAGUUUGUUAUUGUUUUCCUUUCAUUGCAGUGAAGAGUGAUUUUUGAGAAUGGGAAAAAAUCUAAAGCAACAGAAAAAUUAACGAUCAAGAAUGAGUGAUGAAAGUUUGCGGAGCACAUUGGUAUUGUGGUGAAAUUUUCGAUCCGUCGAGUUUCGUGUGAAUUUGCAAAUGUCAAUGAGGGCAGAGGAAUUUUUCCACCUGUGAACCCGUAAGAAGUGCAGUGCAGUGCGCGAAUAGCAGUUGAAGGCAAUCCACAGUACCCGGAAAGGGGAUUAUUUUGGAUUUUCUUCAUCGUCGUCGUCGAGACACACACAAACACACAGGAACGCAGCAGUGUGUGUUGUAGCUCCAUAAAGUCAGCAGCAGCAACAGUAAGAGGAGUAGGACAGUGAGCAGCUUGAAAAAAAAAAUAUAUAGCAGAGCAGCAAAACCAGAUUAGACAACCGCACCCACGAUGGACGAGCGGCGGGUGGCGGAUUACUUCGUGGUGGCCGGCAUGCCGGAGAACCCGAAGCUACUGAAGGAGAACAUCUUCAGCGAUUCGUCCCACCUCCGGUCGGCCGUCACGAUCGAUCCGAUCACCGACAUCGGCGUCUUCUUCCCCUCGCUCGGGGAAAAAAUUCCCGCAGACUACGAAGUGCUGGAAAACACACCGUCCAGUCUGCUGGCAGAUCUCAACUAUGGUUCCGUGCGAACCACGGCCUGUUUCAUAUACUACCGCCGGGGGAAGGACAAACCGCCGCUGGUCGAUAUCGGCGUCAUGUACGAGGGCGCCGAGCGGAUCAUGUCCGAUGCGGAAAUCGUCUACAAUACCCCGGGUGACCGGUUGGCCAAUGUGAACAAUUCAUCCGCCAAGACGUUUCUCACGUUUCGGAGAGCCAAGAAUGACAUGCCCUGCAACGAGCUGGUUGUAACCGAUCUGUGCGUGGUGAUCCCCUCGAAGGGAGAGAAGCCACCGCAUGCCUUCUGCAUGAUUCACAAAACGCUCAACAAGGGCAUCAUGGGCAGCGACGUGUACCUGUGCUACAAAAAGUCCAUGAACCGUCCGAAGCUGAUCAGCUACCAGCCGGAGAUUAUGCAUCGCUAUCCUACGGUCGAUCACAACGACUUUCCGCUGAAUCUGUGUCCCAGUGUGCCACUGUUUUGCCUGCCGAUGGGGACGACCUUGGAAGCAUGGCCCCAUGUGCCCGGUGGCGAUGGGAAGCUGAAGCGGAAACCAAUACAGCCUAUAUUUAGCACAUUUGUGCUAACCGUCAACGAUGGAACCUACAAGGUGUACGGUUCUGCCUUAACGUUCUACGAAGAUUUCGAUGAAAAACUACUCAACGACCAGCAGCGAGAGCUUCUCGAGUGGAGUCCGGACUCGCACAAGACCUAUUCUCUGCAUGUGAACAAAUCCAUCUGUCUGCUGUCCAGGUGGCCCUUUGGAGAUACCUUCGAAAAAUGGCUCCAAUUUUUGCACCAAAUCUCCAUCUACAACGAACCACUUCCGGUUCCAAUCGAGCGCUACAUCACCCACCUGCUCGACGAAGUGCCAUUCCCAUCUCCAAGCAUCAUGCUGCAGCUUUCCAACAUUAACAACGAUCGAAUCCUGCUCACUCUUCCGGAGGAUUCGCCUCUGCCCCGAAGCGGUGCCGGAUUCCGCCAACUACUCUCCAACCUGGGCCCGGAAAACUGUCUCCACGUGCUGCUCCUGGUGAUGACCGAGCAAAAAAUCCUCAUCCACUCGUUGCGACCUGCCACCCUGACGGCGGUCGCCGAAGCCGUCUCUUCCUUCCUCUUUCCCUUCAAAUGGCAGUGUCCCUACAUUCCGCUGUGUCCUCUGGGCUUGGCAGAGGUCCUGCACGCUCCGCUUCCCUACCUUAUUGGAGUGGAUUCGAGGUUUUUCGACCUGUACGAACCUCCGAGCGAUGUGACCUGCGUCGAUCUGGAUACGAACACAAUCGGUUUGUGCGAAUCGCAGAAGCAUCUCAAUACCAAGCUGCUCCCAAAGCGGGCGGCUCGCAUCCUGAAGCAGACCCUGCGGAACUUGGACGAACUCAAUCAAACCGGUGGAAACGAAUCGUCCAACAGUCUAGAUCGGGACUUCAAGAAGAAAAAACGCGAGCAGAACCUCGAACAGCGAAUACAGGAAGCGUUCCUCCAGUUCAUGGCAUCGAUUAUGAAGGGUUACAGAGAUUAUUUGGUACCGAUUUCGAAGGCACCGACGUGUGGUGCCACCGACCCGGACGCACUGUUUCAGUUGAAUGCCUUUCUGAGGUCGCGGGACAAGGCUCACCACAAAUUCUUUCAGAUGCUCAUGAAGACGCAGAUGUUCAUCAAGUUCAUCGAAGAACGUUCCUUUGUGUCCGAUGGCGAUCACAAUUUGGCGUUCUUUGACGAGUGCGCCGAGAAGGUUAGCACCUACGAAGAUACUCCCACAGAAGUGAAACUGAUCGAAUGGGACUGCGGUCACGGCAGUGAGCGAACCAAAGUGAUACUGCCUCCGGAAUGCCAACCGGGGCUGCAGGAUCAAAGCUUCUGCUACAGCUCGUUCAUUCUGAAUCCGAUUUUGUUGAAACAGUCCCGACGGAGCAUGCUAGUUAAUGCGCUUCAGCAUCACAACAGUUUGGCGCCCGGUUCGCCGAUGGCCCGUCGCACGAAGCAUGAGAUUAAAACGGCCCAGAAGCUUGCCCGCAAGAACCAGGGCAAUCCAGAACUCUGGGCCAAGCACCUUCUGGCGGCCUGCUAUUCGAUCUAUUUCAUCGUCCUGCCCAGUUUGAUUUCCGAAAACGCUGGUCGGGAACACGCCAUCCUGAAGGCGGCCUACGAUCUGCUUGGCAAAGCAAGCAAACUAAAGAUCCAGUGCGACGAAGUUUGCUACCGUAUAAUGAUGCAGCUAUGCGGAAUGCACAACCUGCCUGUCCUGGCCGUUCGGCUUCACUACCUGAUGAAGCGCUCGGGGAUUCAACCGAACGCGCUUACCUACGGAUUUUACAACCGGUGCGUACUGGAAGCUCAGUGGCCUUCGGAUUCCAUCCUUUCCAGCCAGAUGCGCUGGAAUCGUCUUCGUAACAUCGUAAUGGGCGCUGCCCACUUCAAACGGGCCGGUAAGAAGUUUGCCGCCCGUCGGAGACUCUCCGUAUCGCAAGAGAACAACCUCAGCACCUUGGAGUCCGUCGAUGGAACAUCCCGAACCAGUCUGGAUUCGGGAAUAUCCCAGGCGGAACAUCAGUCCACCUCCACCAUCGAUUUUGCGGCCUUCGAUAAGCUCCGCGGACGGUUGGGUGCCAUCGUACGGCAGUCCGCAGCUCAUCAAGAAUCGUCGGAUGUCCUGUCCAGUGCCGGUUUGCUCAUCAGCGGCGAAGCGGGACACCACUUGAAGAACAGCCCGAAAGAAAAGCAAUCGUCCUUCAAAGCCCCGUCAGCGGCAAGUUCGUGCGAUUUAAGUCCUCGCAUGUUGGCCCGAGCUGACAGUUUCGCCGGAGAUUCCAAGUUUAUCGAUAAACUACAGAGGCAAGGGAUACACUUCCCAAACGGCGCAGUCACACCGAAUGGGACGAUCGGUGACAGUGCGGUGGGCAAGGUAAAGCGGGCUUUGGAUUUUGAAAACGAGAACGAGAACAGUUCCCAGGAAGAACUGACGGAUGACAAAGGCAACGGAAAGGGAAGUCCAACCAAGGUAUCCCCGCGCACGUUGGUAACCCAGGAUGAUCCGCUGGGUGCGCUGAAUGACGACGGAAACGACGAGGUGUUGGAGGUGCGCCAAUCAACCGAGAAGCUGACGUUGGCGGGUGGCCAGAAUGGAAUCCAUCACAACAACACCAUCUACACGGAUCAGCCGAUUCUGUUCAAGGGACAACGGUCGGCAACGUUCGACGAUUCGCUGCAGCUGAACAAGAGCAUGCACCGGUCGGAGACGAUGCCGGUGACGAGUUCGGUGACGUCCAGCUUCGCCAGUAUCGGCUCGACGCUGAAGUUCAAUUUCGGCCCCAGUCUGACGGGUAAGAAAUCGAACGAGAUUCUCCAGGGUGGACUGAGCAGCAUCAAGAACGCAGCCACCUCGGUUGCGAAGAAGCUGGACGAGAUCAAGGAAGCCAUCUCGGCCAACUCGACGCCGGUAAAGACGGGCUCCGGUACGAUCAUCGGCAGCAACGGACUGGAUCGGGAAGGACUCGGUUCGGAGAGUGACCUGAUGAACGAGGACGGCAGCGUCGGUAUCAAUGGAAACCGAUCGCGCCGGGUGUCCAGCGAAUUCGACCUCUGGGGGCGGUUUAGCGAGUCCCGGAAGUCCAGCUACAAUAAUCUAGUGCCUCUGGGGGAGAACACCACGUCGAGCAAUAGUUUGAACACAUAUCCCACGCUGCCGGACAAUAUCUACACAGCGGUUGCGGAGGUUUCGGAACCGAACGAAUCGGACUUUGUGAUACAGAUUACGUCCUGUUCGCAGUGCCACAACUGCUCGGUACUGCUGUACGACGAGGACGUGAUGGCCGGUUGGUCGGCGGAAGAUUCCAACCUGAACACCACCUGCCAUGCUUGCGGUAAGGUUACAGUACCAUUCCUGAAUAUUUUCAUCAUUUCCGAGGAACUGCGGUCGAAUAAAUCGGCGAUGGCCAAACAGCAACAGCAGCAAACAGACGUAAUCACCGUGCCAUAUCUGAACCCGCUGGUGCUUCGGAAAGAACUGGAGAACAUCUUGGGUCAGGAAGGAGACCUCGCCCUGGCCAAAACCAGCUUCGUUGAAGAGCAUCCCAUAAUCUACUGGAACUUGGUAUGGUACAUGGAGCGUAUCGACGUCAGUACCCAUUUACCGAACCUCUGUCUGCCGAAAAAGGAGGGAGAAAAUGUCGAUCCUUUGAGCAACCUGAAAACUGUAUCGGUUCACUGUCUGUGGGACAAUCCACGGUUACACUCAGAGGCCGGACCAGCCAUGUACAUGCUCUGGCGGCAGAACCAGCCGGCUAGUCCGCUGUUGAAGGCUCUCCUCACCGAUCAGACUUCGAUCAACCGGGCGGUCAUGCAACAGGUGAUUGCCUCAAUCCGCUGUAGCGAUCUGCUAACUCCGGUCAAACGGUUGGCCAACGAGCGGCACAAGCUCAAACACCGGGGCGUCGAUCGUACGCACUCGAUCUACCGGGACCUUCUGUUCCUGGCACUUAUUGCCAUCGGCCGGUCGAACAUCGAUCUGAUUUCGUUCCAUCGCGAGUAUGCGGCCGUGUUCGACAAGCUGACCGAAAAGGAGUGCAACAUGUACUACCGCAGCCAAGAUCUACCGCCAUCGUCGGCAGCCAUCUUCUGCCGGGCCUACUUUAAGCCCCUAAUGCUGCCCUGACCGCAACCGAACCGACUGCGGUACGACUUCGGUGCACUGCGAUCCAGUGCCCAGGUCGUCUCGCCAAGAAACGGCAGCAGGUAGCUCAGACAAACGGCAAGAAAUAGGGUCGCUUACCUUCGCAGGGCAAGGUAAGUGACCGUAAGUGAUAGAAUCGUUGUUUUUGCUGAAAAAUUAUUCACAAACACAAGAGAGGACAACAAUAAAUUAUACGUAGGUAGCAAUGUCAGCAACGCUUCAUUUUCAUCCAUUUCCCCCGUUAGGAAUCGCUAAUUAGUAAAAUAUUUCCAUCCCAUCAAACAUAACCUAUAGCACCGACUUGCAGUGAGGUUAGGACCUUAUAACCCCAAUUUACGAUUUAUCCAUCCUGCUUAAAUAGGGCAAUGAAACUGCAACAACAGAGAAGAUUAUAUAUAUAUCUAAUAAAGGGAGCUUGAAAACUAAUAACAACUAACCCCUAGCGAAAAUGUCCCGUUAACAAACCGAAAUGAGAUUAGUCAUACCCAAUAACAACCAAAACGACGCCCGCUCAACGCGUCAACGCAAUCAGAUUAUUAAAACUACUUAUGACCCCUGUGACUGCGCCUACUUUGAUCAACUAGCACCUUGCUAGCUGAGAAACAAACAACAAAUUUCGACGGAAUUAUGUGAUACAAGUACGUUUUCCUUUCUACUCGCAAGUAAAACAAAAGUUUGAUAAUAAAUAAGCAUUCGCACUUGUAAGAUUAUAUUUUUUUUUUCGAUUUCGUGACGAUACUUUAUCAUAUAUGUUGGCGAAGAUGGUGAACGUAAAGCUUUUUUUAAGUGUUAGUUAAUAUGUUUGUUAGGCAAUAAUGGUUUAGAGAGCAGGUGAACCGAUUUUUAGUAAGGAGCUUUGUACUUUCUUAUUUGUUAGAUUUAGUUUAUUUUUGCGCUCUGUGUUGAUGGUAAAAGGCACGGCAACAACAAUAACAGAAUUAACGGUUAGGUAAGUGUUACUUCAAAGCCGCACGCACGGCAAAAAGAGAAGCUGUUUGAAGGUUAUGUUAGGGUUACUGGUUCAGAGGACAUGGCUGACAAAUAGAUGAAACAAAUCUAGAGGAAAUAUAUGUACGAUUCUAUGAUAA